AUGAAGUGGUUCCUACUGCUGGGUGCUCUUUGCACCACGUGCUUAGCGCAGGAAAAUAACGCCAAAAACGAUAGCAGUGAUGUGGUGUACCUGAUAGACGAUCUCGGUAACAGUUUCGGUGAUAAUGAGGCUAAAAAGGGACAUAAAUUUGGUUCGAAUUUGGUACAUCCAAUUCCAUUCGAUGCAGCUGGAGAUGGAGUGUACUUUAGGCCAGUUGAUGGAAAGCCUUUGGAUAAACCCCAAAGACUAAUAGUACCUCCUCCAGUUAACCGGCAGAAACGAAGUCCUCACCUCCUUAAAAAACUAGGCCUUCUCGGGAGUCCACUAGGAGGCGGUGGCGGCGGCGGCUAUGGUGGUGGUUUCGGCGGUGGAUACGGCGGGGGAUACGGAGGAGGUGGAGGAGGAGGUGGUGGAGGAGGUUUUGGAGGCGGCGGAGGUGGAUAUGGAGGCGGUAAAAGUGGUGGAUACGGUGGAGGUGAUGGUGGAUACGGAGGAGGUUGUACCUAUAAACACAAUCCAUUUUUGAAUUCUGAUUGUAAUGGUAUUGGACACAAUUGGGGUGGUUAUGGAAGUGGUGGAGGAGGUGGUCAUGGUGGAGGUGCAGGCGGUGGUCAUGGAGGAGGAGCAGGUAUAGGAGGAGGUGAUGGAUUUGGAGGCGGCAAAGGUGGCCAUGGAGGAGGUGGCCAUGGAGGAGGCGACGGAUUUGGAGGAGGCGACGGAUUUGGAGGCGGCAAAGGUGGUUAUGGAGGAGGUGGCCAUGGAGGUGGUAUUGGAGGAGGAGGUGGAAUUGGCGGAGGUGGUGGAUUUGGAGGCGGUAAAGGUGGACAUGGAGGAGGUGACAACGGAGGAAGUGAUGGAUUUAUGAUUAUAAUAGAAAAAGGUCACGGCGGUGGUGGAGGAAGUGGCUCUGGAGGCGGUAAAGGUGGUUACGGCGGCGGAAGCCACGGAGGCGGAUAUGGAGGCAGCAGUUCAGGAGGUGGAGGAUUUGGAGGUGGAGGUUCCGGAGGUGGCGGAUUUGGAGGUGGAGGUUCCGGAGGAGGCGGAUUUGGUGGUGGCGGCUCUGGAGGUGGCGGAUUCGGCCACGGAGGAAAAGGCGGUGGUGGAGGCAAAGGAUUCGGAGGAGGUGGCGGAGAUGGAUUUGGCGGAGGCCACGGAGGCGAAGGUUUCGAUGGUGGAGAUUAUCUAGUCGAAAUUAGUCCUGGUAAAGGACACGGUGGUGGUUUAAGUGGGGGUGGAGGAUACGGAGGAGGCGGCGGCGGCGGUGGAGGAUACGGUGGAAGUCACGGAGGCGGUAGUCAUGGAGGCGGUAGUCACGGAGGCGGUGGGUAUGGUGGAAGCCAUGGUUCUGGUGGAUCAGGAGGUCACGGAGGACACUCAGUAUUUCAGAUGGUGGGUAUGGUGGAGGAGGUUGCAGCGGUGGUUGUGAUGAAGGAAAAGGAGCCUACGCUCAUGCCUCAGCGUCCGCUUCAGCCGGAUCAU